AUGGCCGACUAUGUCGGAGCCGUGGAUGGCGAAAUUGCAUACGCCUUUCAGCCCUGGAUUGACGACAUCGGGGCAUCCUUGGCCAGAGUAGCGACGACGAAGCCUAAUGAGUUGUACGCACUGGCUGUAGCGUUCGCUACAAUUGCGGGAGCCAAACGCAGCGUCAACAAACGCAGCUUCAAAAACAAGCGUCAGGUACAUGAGCCAAAUAGCGAAAGGCACAAGGAUGAGGAUGGAGACCACAUCAUGUGGAUGGUACGCUGGACGGAUGGCGCGGGCAGCCCCUGUCUCGUACACUACAGGCGGGUAUGGCGCUGUCGAUGGGGCACUGAGAAGCUCGGUGCCUUCGACUGGGCAUUUCCGAGUGUAUUUGUUUACAAUGAUAUAUGCGACGUGUUUGCCGACGUUCAAGUGGGUGAGGCGAUGAACUCGGUGCUGUGGACGGCAAGUGCCAGGAAUAAGGGAGCAACUGGAGCGCUCAGUCGUGUGUAUGGCGACUACGUCAUGGCAACGACUGUCCCUGACAAUGACGAACAAUUUGCCUCGUGUGUGAGGAUGUACUGCGCCGGUACCAUAAUGUACGAGGCACUUCCGCGGUACAGCGGUGCAGCGGACAAGACGCGAGUAGCCGAUUGCAAAGCAGCAACAGACUUGGUCGUCACGGUUUACGGGACAGAGGGCAUGGUGCGCUCCUGGAAAGGCGACCCGGUGAAAGAAGUGACAUGGGCAGAGUUCACGACCAUGGGUGAGCAGAUCAGGCAGCGGCUAAGGCCAUACGUCAAAGAAGACACAGCCCGGUACAUUGAAGGCCUGUUAUCGGUGCUGAGGUUGGCAUACAAUGGUAUGGAUGAUGCCGCGGUACAACGUGCCAUGUUUGAGCUGUACACUUCCGGGUGUACCUAUCUGGACGUGGCUGACGAGGAGGAGAAUUCUGGUCUGAGCCAGCCAGUACCAGGCCUAUCUGACAACGAUAUUCCACUUCAUUAUGAACAACUGGUCCUGGAAGCAGCGCAUACUCGUUAUCAUAAGCUGCCUCUGUCCAAGCACCAGCAUCAAGGAGUAACCGCAUAA